GGCAAAGACGAGCUCGUCGUCGUCCUCGAUGCCUACCGUGCUUACUUCAGUACCCUCGAUGGGAUCGCCAUCGUUGGUGCAAGCGCCUGGCGACCCGGUCCGUGCUUCAGUUGGCCAUUUGCUCUCUAGGGCGUACACGCUGCCCUGCUCGACUGCGGCACAAGCUUUUAUCCAGCUUGUGCAGCCAACUUCACGAUUUCAGCUGGCUCUCGACGUGUUGUUGCCUCUGCUGGACCCAAAUACUUCAUCGGAGUUUGCCCAGCGGAUCUUGGUCUCGUUUAUCUUGUAUUCUCUGUAUGCUCCUCAUCCUAUCUCCAUCAAUCCGUUCAAAUCUGUGCUCUUUGCUACUUUUGUUUAUGAGCGAGAGAAAGCAGUCGCUGCUGCCAGCAAGGGCGACAUCUCGGUCAAUGAACAACUGGUCUGGGUGCUAUGGAAAAUUCUCAGAGGUGAUGGAAACGACAUUGGUCCUUAUUCUCCAAGCACGCUGGCAAAAUCGCCUCUACCGCCCAAACUUAGAGCGACUAAUUUAAUUCUCGAGGACGAUAUGUACAAUAGCGAAUCCGAAAUAGACGAUUAUACCCCCCUAUCACAACAGAUUACCACGAUCGCAACGACAAAUACGACAGUGAUCACUGCUGAGGAAGAUGCUGCCAAUGGGAGCAUAGCUCACGCGAUGAAGCUUCUGCUUGAUGCCCGGGAACGAGUUUUAACUUUGUCUGAGCAACGGGCUGUGAUCCCAUUCAUUCAUGCACUGGCUUCCUCACAAAUGAUCACUCCUCUGGAUCUGGCACCUAUAAUCACUAAUAAUCCUAACCUUGCACAUCCUCUCUUCGUUGCCCUCCUUUCAACUGGACCAUCGGAGAGUAAUCUACCUUCACCUUUCCUUGACAUCUUGCCUUCUCUCCCUCCCACGCUCCCGGCGUUUGACUUGAUGGGUCGUCUUCUACGUGAUCCCACCAUGUCCACCGGCGGUUCCGUUACCAUUGCCGACCUUGUCCGCACCGAAGUGCUCGGUAGGUUUGUGCACGAGUGCAUCGAUUGGCUCGACCAGGUGGAGCUUCAGGAGAAGGAAGGACUCGUCAGCGAUGACCGCUUCGCCAAGGGUGUCCAAAAUCUUUGCCGAUUCUACAUGUCCUUGAUCAAGGUCACGCUGGUCGACGCUGCACUGGAUGCCGAUACUGCCGAAAUGGCGCAUUUUAGCUUACGUCACUCACGAUUCGAAGAAGCCAACCACUUAUAUCGGGUUUUGGCUACUGGGCAGUCGUGAUCUAUCGUCUCUUCACUCUAUGGUCAUGGACUAUGCUUAUGUUUAUGCCUCCGGACUAGCGUCGCCUUUUACACUGUACUGUACCACGUCCUUCAGCUACCGAAGAUUGUAUCUCAAGUCUCGCCACGCACACAUGUACUCAUGUACUCAUGUACUCAAUAAUGGUCAAUUAUAUGUCAAUGUUACAAACAUACGUCUC